GAGAAGAAAAUCGAGGUCAAAUUUUUUUGCAAUAUGAUUAUUCAGUUACAUUUUAUACUCAUUAAUACGUAAGACCAAUAAAAAAAAUUACCUAUUUUGUGAUGUAUUUUCUUUUCAUUGGUUUGCCAAAUAAUGUUUUGGAAUACGAGCUUUUACAAAUUAACACAUAAGAUCGAAAGAGUGUUUCGUGAGCGUUUUAGAAUGAAUGUUAUUCAAUAAAGUAAUAACAGUUGAAGCGACGCAGUCGAACGUUAUCGAUUAUACACAAAGGAUUAAUGACAGAUAAACUGCACAUAACGCAUUGGAAAUUUCUUCGGUCGAAUGUCUUACCUAAUGAGCGUUUCUUUUCUGCAAUGAAACGGACGUUUUGAAUUGGAAUUCUGUGUCUUUUGCAUAAACAACAGCUUCGCAUGCGCGAGUCACAGGUUUACAUAAUGGAAAACUUGUUGGUAAUUACUUACUAAAGCGAUAAUACUUAAAGUAGAUAUUGCGUGCGAAUGCAUUUUCCAAUUCGAUUCUGUACGUCUUCUCAGCCUUUCAUUUGCUGAGAUUGUAUGCUUAAAAAAUCAUUAGAGUGAGAAAUAGAUCUUAAAUCUUUGCUUUUAUUUAAAAUUUUGUUUAAUGUGACCGGCGAACUCUGAAAGUCUGAGAAAUGAAAUGUUUCUACGUGAAAAAUCGAGAAGUAGAAGGUAGGAGAUUGAUUUAUUCCAACGGUCCGCCGUGCCAUUGUCGUUGAUCGAACGAAGCAAAAGCAGAACGAUUAGAGUAAUUGCAAGGUAUAAGGCUUCCAAUCGAUGCGUUAAUUGAAUGCGCACUCAGACAGGAGACAUUUCAUAAAAAGCGGUAAACGCGCAUCGCAAUGGUCGAGGAGAAAAAGAGUCGUGAUCGCGACAGCGGGUGCGCGUGCAAAGUACGCGGGAUCGCCAGCGCGGCUCGCCGCGGCUGCGCGGCAUUCGAAAUCGGCGCGGACGAGGUGGCCUGAUGCGCCGGGCUAUUGAUUAGCGCGGCGCGCAGACGGUUCGCAACCCGACUCUCUCCCUCUCGGCGGCUGGGUCGCGCGCGCGGUGCAUCCGACGCUUUGGCGGCGGCCGCUGUCAGGCGCGACUCCGCCGCGAGCCCGCGAGCCGGAGCCCGGUCAGCCGCCCCCGCUUCUCGGCGACGCCAUGUUCGGCUACGUGCUCAAGAUACUCCAGGGCGUCUGGAACCAUGGCAGCCUGCACGACUUGGACAGCCAGGACAUGGCAACCGUUCAGCCGCUCCUGUCCAACGGCAUCGCCAAUGGCCUUGGCAAGAACGACAAGGCGGCGAAUCACACUGCACCUCGAUAUGCCGUCGCCAGUCUGACGGGCCUUGACGGCCCCGACCAGAUUCUCUCGACGGACGUGGACACCACGUGCGACGCGGACGGUCGCGUUCGGAUAAAACUCGACUACCAAGCCGAUGGCAGGUACAAACUUAUCUCGGUCCCGGGACUUCUCGCUCGCACCGCCAGCAAGUACCCUAACCAGCCGGCACUUAUUUCCCGGCCUGGUGCCGAUGGCAAACGCACCACCAUCACCUACAAGCAGUACGAGAACCAGGUGAGAACGGUGGCCAAGGCGUUUUUGCAUUUGGGUCUCGAGAGACACCACAGUGUCUGCAUUCUUGGCUUCAACGCUCCCGAAUGGUUCAUCUCCGAUCUUGCAGCUAUCUACGCUGGUGGAUUCGCCGCAGGAAUCUAUACAACGAAUUCGCCAGAGGCGUGUCAAUAUUGUGCGGAAAGUAGCAGGGCCAACAUUGUCGUAGUCGAAGAUGACAAACAACUACAAAAAAUUUUAGCAAUCAAAAAGAAUCUUCCAAAAUUGAAAGCUAUCAUACAGUACGAUGGAAUUCCCAAUACAAAAGAUGUUCUAAGCUGGAACGAGUUAUUAGAAAUUGGUAGACAUCAGUCAGACGAUAAGUUAGAAAGUGUCUUGAAGACAAUCGCUAUCAAUGAGUGCUGUACUCUCGUGUAUACUUCAGGAACCGUCGGAAACCCUAAAGCCGUUAUGUUAAGUCAUGAUAAUCUCCUGACUGAUGCUCAGGCAAUCCUAGCAGCUGGCGAUUUAAAGAACGAGGCGCAAGAAAUCGUCGUUAGUUUUCUACCUCUAUCGCACGUCGCUGCUCAAGUUGUAGAUAUCUUCACAUGUAUGUUGAUGGCCGCAACAGUAUACUUCGCCGACAAAAAUGCUCUGAAAGGUAGUCUCCUUGACACGUUGGUUGCUGCGCGACCUACGGCUUUCUUGGGGGUGCCGCGAGUUUGGGAGAAAAUUUAUGAGAAGAUGCAGUUAGUUGCUCGAAACAAUGGCUUCAUCAAAUCGUGGAUUGCGACCUGGGCAAAGGCUCAAGGUCUUCACUACAAUAUGAAUCGUAUGAACGGAGUGGAGUACAAGUCAUGGAGUUACUUGAUCGCCAAAUGGUUGAUCUUCAACAAAGUCAAAACUGCUCUUGGGCUCGACAGAUGUCACGUGUUCGGUACAGCAGCAGCACCUCUGAGUACCGACGUCAAAAAGUAUUUCAUGAGUUUAGAUAUUGUUAUUAUCGAUGCCUAUGGCAUGUCUGAGUGUGCUGGUGCUCAUUCGUUGACAACAAACAACAAAUUCAGAUUGGGUAGUGUCGGAAAGACUUUUCCUGGUUUUUCCACUAUGUUGGAUAAUAUGGAUAAAGAUGGAGAGGGCGAGAUCUGCAUGGGUGGCAGACACGUGUUCAUGGGUUAUCUUAACGAUUCUGAGAAGACGAAAGAGGCUAAGGACGAGAAUAAUUGGUUGCAUAGUGGUGAUCUUGGAAAGAAGGAUGCUGAUGGCUUUUUGUACGUUACCGGAAGAAUCAAGGAACUUGUAAUUACUGCUGGUGGUGAAAACGUUCCUCCCGUUCACAUUGAGCAACUCAUUAAGAAGGAGUGUCCUGCUCUUAGUAAUGCUAUGCUCAUUGGUGAUAGGCGAAAGUAUUUAACAAUAUUAGUCACGUUAAAGACUGAAAUGAAUGCGGAAUCUGGCGAACCAUUGGAUGCUCUUUCUGCCGAAACUCACAAGUGGGCAAAAUCCAUAGGAAGUAAGGCAGAAUCCGUCAAAGAUGUUAUUAAUACACAUGAUCCACUUAUUCAUAAAGAAAUUGCAGAAGCAAUAAAUCGAGCGAACGAGAAAGCGAUAAGCAAUGCUCAGCGUGUACAAAAGUUUCGUAUUUUACCCCAUGACUUUUCCUUGCCAACAGGAGAAUUGGGACCAACAUUAAAGCUGAAAAGAAAUGUUGUAGCGAAGAAAUAUGCCCACCUUAUCGAGGAUAUGUAUAAGGAAUAAGAACAUUUAUUCUUUGAGAAUCGGUAGUUCGUUUAUCGAAAAGUUUAUCGAAAAGCCAGAGAGUUACUUAUUAAAGAUACUUUUUAUACGGCGACUUGUGUGAAUAACAAAAAAAGUGUGUGUCGUAUAUUGAACAAUCAAUAGCGAGAAGAAAAAAGAUAUUACAGAUAGAGCGUCGAAUUUUGUGAUAAUUUGUGAACUGAAUCUUCAGCCUACUUUUGGUUUUGUUUCUAAAUAAACAUUAUAUUUCUACUAAAGGGAACUCUACCAGCUUAUCUCGAUUAUUAAUAAUCAAAUUUGUACCUGCUUUUAAUUUUUAUUUUCACAAAAACGACGGCUUACUUUUUCUUUCUAAAUAUCAUUACUAACAGAAAUUAUUCUUUUCCGUUAAUAUUGAUUUGAGCUUUAAUUUCAUUCUAGUUUUACUAUACUAUUAAUAACGAUAUUGUAUAUGUCUAUUAAGGUUACACUAAUCCUCGUACUUGCGUAUUUACAUUGCAAUAUAUUUCUUUUGGUAUUAAUUCGUUAUCGAAUAUACGGUGAUAUAAAGUGCGGCAUGUAAAUAAUGUGAAUAAUAUAAAAAUAAAAAGUGCCUUUUUGCAACUGAAAUUUUGUGGAAAGUGUAAAUUUUUGCUUAAAUAUGUCGCUGUUUGAUUUUUUUUCAGAAGUGUUUAUUGAUAUUACAAUGUACAACAAAAAAUAGCAAUAUUCACAAACCAUUGCUUAACACUCGAUGUAGUAUGCAUAAAACAUUUUAACAUAUAUUCAUUAAGAGUGGCUUGCAAUAAGAAAAAUCAUUUGUAAGACUGAUAAUCUCAUUCUUUAAUUGAUAUUCUAAAAAACAUGUAUUUCAUGUAACAAAAGCUUUUUGGUUUAUAAAUGCAUUUUCCUUCAUAAACAAAUAAUUACUUAUUUGAUGUAUACAAUUUUAUCGUUAAAAUUGUAAUUAAUAAUUUUUAAGAUAUAAUUUAUUUGAUUGUAAGAUAAGGUAUAAUAUUGUUUUGGUAUUUGAAGUAGGAGGGUGAAUGGAUUUAAUUUAUAAAUAUUUUCAAUUUAUAAUGUUAGUACAUUAUAAAAACAAUAAUAAAAGUUAGUUCGUUAAAACGAUGUUUAUUUUUUAAUUUCUUAGAUCAAUCAAAAUAGAAUCUCAUAAUUUUACAAUUGCGUGUGUCGUAUAUUGAACAAUCAAUCACCAGAGAAAAAAAGAUGUAACAUACUCGUAUAUAUAUAGUCCAGGCAAUGGAGCAGAAGUCGCAUAUUUUUUUUGGGACAGUACGAAAUGUUUACAAGGGAUAGGUAAUAUUGAGUGUAAUAACACACCUUUAUCCAAAGUCUGAAAUUAGUUGAAAAAUUUAAUCUAUUUUCAGGUUUUUACGCAAUAACCAUUUCUUUAGCAGUUGAAUCGAAAAAUGGUCUAAUUGUCUUUUGUUUGUCACGUCAAGACCUACAAAAGUAUAUGUCGCAUGUCGAUACAUCUUAAUUAGGAAAAAAGUUAUGAACACAAAAAGGCCUAUUUUUUAUUUAAUAAUUACCGUUAAAUAUUUAAUUAUACAGGUUUUCCAUUCACCUCAAUAUAUUUCUUAUCGCAUAAAGAUUAUGAGCUUUGAAGUCGCAAGCUCUAAGUUGAAUUGUCUAUUCAGACGGUUAACAACAAAUUAACUGUUUCGUUUUGUCCACGGUUGGGAUCAUUAACCAAAGUGACACCUAUUAUUUGAUCGCUAUUUACUAGAAUUUAUAAUCGAAAAAUGCUAUUUAAAUAUAAAAAAAUUCAAUUUGCAACUUAAGGAAGUUUUUCUAAAAUAUUGCUUAGUUGUAAAUAAAAUUCACCGUAUUAAUAUUCGCUUCGCUCGGGCGUAAACCCCACUCGAGACAAGAAUCUACUUUCCCGCACUUGUAUCGUAAUGUACUAUUCCCAUCAGGUAGAAGUGAAAGUUAAUCAUUACAAAAGGACUACCUUUUGUUCUAUAAUACCUAUUAGAAGUUAGAGGACAAAAUUGUAAAGUAAUCAUUUCGUAAUCAGUAUUUUGAAUUUUAAGUGAUUGUGAAUAACACUAUUGAAUAGAGUACUAAUUCUAAAUAAAUAGAAAUGUCUCAAAUUUAUUAUACCUUUUUUUUUCCUCUGACCCUAAAAGGCAUUGUAAAACCAAAGGUAGUCGUUCCUAAUGACUUACCUUCACUUUUACCUGCUUGUAAAUAUCUUGUAUUUCUUUGUCAACGGAAAUAUAACACCUUUGUCAUUCAAAAUCAAUUGAAGCUUUUUUGACCGUUGACCGAUAUACAUUGUAAAACAUCAGAAGUGUAAUAUACACGGUGAAUUUUAUUUAAAAACUAAACAAUAUUUUAGAAAAAAAUCGCUGAUCUGCAAAUUAAUUUUUUUGGUUUAAAUCGCAGUUUUCGAUUGUAAACUAUAGCCAGUACCGAUAAAAAAUCGACGUCACUUUGAGUAAUGAUCCGAACAGUGCACAAAACGAAACAGUUAAUUUGUUGUAAACCGUCUGAAUAGAUUACAAUUAAACUCAAAACUUGCGGCUUCAAAACUUAUAAUCUUUAUGUGACAAGAAAUAUAUUGAGGUGCAUGGAAAACCUCUAUAAUUAAAUAUUUAACGAUAAUUAUUAAAUAAAAAACUGGCCUUUUUGUGUUCAUAACUUUGUUCCUAAUUAAGAUAUAUUAACAUGUGACAUAUAAUUUUGUAGGUCUUGCGGAGACGAACAAAAAACAAUUCGACCAUUUUUCGAUUCAAACUGUUAAAGAAAAAGAUAUUUCGAAAAAGCAUGAAAAUAGAUUAUAUUUUCUUUCAAACGGCUAGAUUUAAUUGGACAAUGUUUAUUUAUUCAUUCCGGUAUUUAUGAAAUUACUACUGUUUUCUAGGUAAACAAUUUUAGAUAAGAAAAAAAUUUAAUUAUCAAUAAAACUUUCGGGCAUAUAAAUCUUUCUUUCGUCCAAUUCCUGUACUUACCUAAACAACUAUUAAUUAUGCCUUAAUAAAAUUAUAGCCAACAUACUUAGUGGCGCAAAUAAUGAUAGCUUUGAUUUCGGAAUGAUAAAGUAAACGAAAAAGGAAACAAUGAUAAAACUUAAUUGGACAAUGAUUUUUUAUUUAUUCCGGUAUCUAUAUAAUUAAAUAUUGUACAUUAAUGGUUUCUAGGUAAACAAUUUCAGAUAAAAAAACAAUUUAAUUAUUUAUAAAAAAUUCGGUCGCACCAACCUUUCUUCUAUGCUUAUCCUGUACUAACAUAAAUUAUGCCUUAAUAAAAUUAUAACCAACAUGCUUGAUGACGCAAAUAAUGAUAGCUUUGAUUUCGAAAUGAUAAACGGUAAGGGAAACAAUUAUAAGACUUGAUUGGACAAGGAUUUUUUAUUUAUUUAUAAAAUCAGAUAUUGUACAAUAAUGGUUUCUAGGUAAACAAUUU